AUGAAUAACUUCUCCCACAACACACCUAACUACAACCCCGACAACCUACCUACCCUCAACAACGGAAUGAAUUACCUGACCGCAAACAACCCCCUCGACCAGCCCCUCUACACCACCUUCAGCUACUGCAUGGUCUUCUCCAACCUCCCCGACCAGCCCUGGCCAUCAUACAACCUCCUCCAGCAAUGCCUCGACAAGGUCCGCGCGCGCGACGCAAAAGUCUAUUCCUCCGUCGACGCGAUUCAGCGCUACAACGGCGCCAAAACGGGGGACCUCAUCCUCUCGUUUACGGCUGCUGCGGCGAUGGAUGGGGUCAUCUGGACGAGUGCUGAGGGAGUCAUUCUCCAUCAGAUGAGGUAUUGGGAUCGGGAUCGGAGGAUGGCCGGGUGGACGCUUGUGGCGGAGCAUGGGCUUGCGCAGUGA